CGCAUUAAAAAUCAGAAAAAAAUUACAACAGAAAGUUAUGGUCAUUGUAAUGUAAUAUUAGUUUCAUAAUAUUUUGAUCAUAGAAUAAAAUAAUCAAACACCGCGUCUCUUCUAUGGCCAGAAAAUGACGUUGUUAAGAACCUUUUAAAUUGACAGCUUGAUUUGGUUUGGUUUCCGCUACUGUGCUAUUGUGCUAUUUUUUUGGUUUUUCGUUUAAAAUCUCUGGAAAAUGUCUAUAUCUACUGCUACAGAUGAGCGCACCGAAGGAGAUGAUGAUACAUCACAGGGAAGCCAACCAAAGGAAGAAAGCAGUGACUCUGAAAACGAAAAUGAAAAUGACUCACAGAACCAAAACGGGGGCUCCAUGAGCCCCGAAGUCCACGAGAUAACCAGUGAUGAGGAUGACUGUGUUGUGACUAAUGAUGAUGAAUCAUCUAAUUCUAGUAGUGACUCUAAUGACAGUUCUGAUGCUUCACAGCAGAGCAAUAAAGAUAGGGAGAAAGAUAAGCAGGAACAGCCCUGUGAAAAUGGAGGAGAGGAAUCUGAUAUUGAAGAAGUGACAAUCGAGGAUCCAUUGAAUCAAUGCCAGCAAAAUAAAAAUAAAUCAAUUGUUAUCAAUGACACUAAAAGUUUGGCAGAGCUGGGAAAUAAAUCAGAUCUAAAUGAUGGUGAACAAAACAAGGAACCAACUGUUGUUAUUAUUGACACAAAUUCAAUUUUAUCUGGGAAGACUUCUACACAAAUGCCGAAUAAAAUAAACUCUAGUGCUAUAGAUGCUCAGAAUUUGUGUCAGAGUAUUGCCGCUAGAGGAACAACAAUCACUCCCAUUAGUAGUAAAAGUAAUAGCUCUUCUAAACAAAUACAGAACAGUAGCAUAGUCACUUCCCAACCCAAUAUACUUCCUUCCUUGACGGAUGACAUGUUUGUUGUGGAGGCCCCAUCAUUUAUUGUACCCUAUGUAUAUGAAAAGCCUUCUGUAAAACCCUUCAGAGAGUUUGUAGACAAAUUGGGCAAGGAGCUGGAGGAGAUAAAAAUGAAAGAAGACCAAGAAAAGGUGGAAAAGGAGAAAGUAGAGAAAGAUAAGCGGGAUAAAUUGAGGCAAGAAAGAAUCGCCAGGGGUGAGGAGGUUGAGGAUGAGAUGGGAAGUGAAAAUGAAGCUAAAAAGUUGGCUGAAGAAGCAGCUAAGGAGAAGAAGCUGGAGAAGAAACAGAAGAAGAAACGUAGGACUGAAGACGAUGAUGAUUCCUGGGAUGGGGAGUCAUCAACUGAGUCUGAAGAAGAAGGGAUGAGUGAUGAUGAUACUGUGGUCAUAAAGGAUAAGGAUGACACAGUAGAAGAAGUGUAUGAUCCUGUAAGUUACAUCAUGAAGAAGUCUGGCAAAACUGAUAGUUAUUUUGAUUGUUCCUUAGGCCAGUUCUUCAUAAAUAUUGGUAUAAAUUUGGUUCAAGAGUAUGUUCAGACGGAUUUGUUAAAAACACAAAAUCGAAAACUCUACAAAGAAAAGAAAUCUGGACGCAGCACUAAAGCGACUGAAAGUGCUAUAGCGUCACUUACACAGAAUUUGGCCUACAGUAAAAAACUUAACGCUCCUUACGCUCUUGAACAGAAACGAUGCGAAUUUUGUAGUUUUAAAACAGAAUCAAUUCUAGUAAUGGCCCAUCAUUUAGAAGCACCUCACAUGAAGAACAAUAUUUACAAAUGUAAUACAUGUCCUUUCGAAAUCCGAAGUCCACAUGACAUAUUAUACCAUAUGGAAGCCGAGCACAACAUACGAGGCAGAUUAGAGAGAGCACCAGCCUAUCAGCAAUGUCCCAGCUGUCACUUUGAGGAUAACAGCAAAACGAAACUCGCCCGCCAUCUUAUAGCGUGCGCUAAAAAGUUUAAGCCUGAGUACAAUCUGGGACCGCCUAUCGAGUGGGAGCCGCCAGCGAAAAUACCGAAGCUUACAAGAGCACGUAAUAAUGCUGUGGCACCAUAUCAAUCUAAUUUCAAUAGAUCUCAAGUUGGAAUGAGCCCUCUCGGCCGACCUCCUUUGAAUCUGCCAAAUUCUGUCAUUCCCAGUAUGCCUGUACUUGGCAGACCGAGAGGGCGCCCGCCUUUAUCUGCUCCGGCUCGGGCUCCGGUCGCAGGAGUUCCUAUCAUUAGAAGUGGUGUCAUGAUCAUGCACAACAAUCCUCCAAGUGGAACAACUAUCUCAAACUAUCCUAUCAUGCAAAAUAAUCAAGGCAAUCAAUCAGCUACACCUAAGAUAUCGAUUACACCUUUGCCACGGGCUCCACAGCCUUCAUCGUCGAAUUCUACUCACAAUUCUAAAGCGACCUUUGUGAUAUGUGAAAUAUGUGAUGGCUACAUCAAAGACUUGGAACAGUUAAGGAACCAUAUGCAAUGGAUACAUAAAGUUAAAAUUCAUCCUAAGAUGAUAUACAAUAGACCUCCCCUGAAUUGCCAAAAGUGUCAAUUCAGGUUCUUCACAGACCAAGGGCUUGAAAGACACUUGCUUGGGUCUCAUGGUCUGGUUACGAGUUCUAUGCAAGAAGCAGCUAAUAAGGGUAAGGAUGCUGGCCGAUGCCCAGUCUGUGGUAGGGUUUAUCAAUGGAAGUUGCUCAAUCAUGUGUCCAGAGAUCACAACAUGACCCUCAAGCCUGCCCACCUCUCAUAUAAAUGUACAGUUUGUACAGCAACAUUUGGUAUGUACAAACAGUUUGAGAAUCAUGUAUAUUCUGCUCACAGCGUCGUUGCAAAACGUGUGAUCGAUAAAAAUAAAACAACCCCACCUACAGCCAAGCCCUCAGAGAGCGAUCCACUUCUUAAGCCACUCAAAAUAAGCGAUGAGAUCACAAUAAUACCUCAGCCUGCUAAAUCGUCAGUAACCAUCACCGCCAAGGGUAAAUAACAAUAAAGCCUGGAAGUGUUGCUGCAGUUGGACUCACAAUAUUAACCCCGAAUUGCUUUGUCAGUGAUGCACUUCCAAGGUAGUAGUUGCAGUAUUCUGUACAUUAUUAUAAAUCAUGUAAAACCAAUCUUAUUACCAAUAUUGUAGUAGGAGGUCGAUAAGUAAUCUGACUAUUUUCAUUAACCAAGCAAAUGUGUUAUUUUUAUUAAUGAUGGAAGUUAAAUAAAUUCAAAGUAUCUGUAAGUUGUAAAUUCAGUGUAUAAAACAUGAAUAAUCAUUAAAAUAUAAAUUUUUGUAACCAUUCUAUGUGUUAGCCCCUUGUGUAAUUGUGACCUGUGUGUGCUGUGUUUCUGUCACAAAUUAUAUAACAAAGUAAGAUACGCAUCUUCACUGUAUAAUAGUUGGUGAAAGUUUGAAUGCGCAAGUUAGCCGUUAGUUUUCAUUAAUCAUUGAUAAGUAAUUUAUUUGCAAAAAAAAAAAAAUACCUUUCUCUUGUAUAAUCUGUGACAAUUAUAGAUUACUGUCUGCCUAUUUUAUUUUAUUUUUAAUACUUGUUAUAAUCCGGAUUAUUUUCAGGAUGUAUUAUAAUAUAUUAUAGGUAGACAUUAAUGUUAAAUGUAAAUCAAUUAUGAUGUAUAAUGUAAGGUGUUAGUUAAGUUAACGGUAGGUAUAAUAUUAAGGUUACAAUGUAUUGACCCCAUGAUGUUUCCACUCCCAAACGCCUGCACUAGCCAUAUACACCUACAAGACACAUUAGACAUUUCAUUCUGAUCUCAGGCUAGACUGGAGUGUUGAUUUGGUAAAAGUUUACUAAAUUGUUAACGUACUUAUAGAACUGAGAAUGAUGUAUUUUUUUUUAUUUAAUAAAAAAGACCACUGUAAGUAU